AUGGAGGUGCUCCACACAGCGGUGUGGGAGCUGCUGCGGGGGGCCGGCCAUGCCGCAGGCGCUGGUGUCAUAGCGUACUCAUCCUCGGCGGGCGUGAAGUGCCCCCCCUACGCGUGCUCGUGCGAGCCGCGCAUCACCUGCCCGGGCGGCCACAGCUCGGAGAGCACGGUGACCGGGCUCACGCUGCCGGGCACCCUCGCUCUGGCGGUGGUGUCAGCCGCGGCCGGCGCCUGCUGCGUCGUGCUGACGCUGCGCCACAGCGGCGCGGGCGCGCAGCUGGCCGUGGACCCACCGCCCGCCCCGGGCGUGUUCGUGACCCCGAUCGCGUCCCUGGAGGACAUCGGUACCAAGCAGGCGCCAGUGAUGGCGGCGCGCGUCGCCGAGUACCUUGCCAGCCUGGGGAUCUCGCCGGGCGACUUCAUCCUGGAGCGCUACGACAUCCCUGGGCCAGAGGUCUGGCACGAGCGCAUGGUGCUGAUCGCGUCGCCUCAUCGGACCGACCUCACGAUCCUGACCCCCGAUGGCGACUGCUACGAGGAGCAAUUGUUCGCGGCAGGGGCCCCUGGUGCCGACAUCGCGGCAUGGCUGCCGAGCAUCGGCGGUGCGAUGGGAGCCGGCAACCCAGCGACAGGAGCGUCCCACAUCCACCGCUUCCGCGCCGUGCCGGCUCCCGCCACCUGCGACGCCUUGCGCACGGCGGCCGAGGGCCGCCUCGGGCUCCCGCCAGGGCCGCGCGCGGUCCCCAACCUCGCCGGCCGCGCUGGCGUGGGGGCUCUCGGCGCGGGAGCGGGCGCGGCUGGCGCCGGCGCUCCCGCCGCGGGCGCGGUCGCAGGGGCCCCCGCUGCGGCUCUGCCAGCCGUCGCGCCCGGAGUGGCUCUGGGUGCCGGGCUUGGCGCCGGAGCGGCCGCGGGCGCUGCGCCUGCCGUGGGCGGCGUGCUGGUGGCGCCUCCAGUGGCCCCAGCGGUGGUUGCGGCGGCGCCGGCGCCCGCGGCGCCGAUGGCGGUCGCCGCCCCCGCGGCGCCAGGGGCUGGCGUCGGCGGGCUCGCCGGUCUCGCUGCCGCGCUCGGCGGCCCCCCGGCGGCAGGCGCCGCCCCACCCGUGCCGCCGUUGCUGGCGGCAGCGGCAGCCGCGGGCUUGGGGGCUGCGGGAGCCCCCCCUUCGGCCGCCCCCGCUGCGGCGCCGGGGGCCGGGGGCGGCGCCGCCGUCGCGCCGGCCGCGCCAGCCGCCGCUGCCGACGUACGCGUCCUCGCGGUGAGCUACGACGCGCUGGGGCAGCGACAUCGGGCUUUUCGGGAGGCGGCGCUGGCCAUGGUGGAGCACCCGUGGCCAGACUGGCCCGCGAAGGGCCCGCGGACGUGCUGGUGGGUCCUCCGCUUCAUGGAGACCAACGGCGGGACACCGCUAGGGCGCCAUGCCCGAUGGCGCACCGAGGCCCGGCUGCACGCCUCGGAGCACGGCGUCGCCGAGCACGAGCGCGCGUGCAGGCUGAUCGAGUUCAUGACGAUCUACGACCAGCUGAACGAGCGGUACCGCGAGCGGCUGGCGCCAGAGACGAAGGACGACAACCUGGACACGCACCUGACCGUGGGCUGUGACCUGGCCCGCGGGAACAUUUGCGUCUCGCCGCAGUUGGCGGAGCACCUGAAGGAGGAGCUCACGAAGGAGUGGGCGAUGGCUAAGGAGCGCAGGAAGACGCGCGAGGAGCGCGCGCUUGCGACCAAGGGGAAGAAGGGCAACAAGAAGG